ACAAGAUAUAAUAAUAUUGUACUGUGUAUCCAUAGUAACGAUUUAACUACAUGCAGUACAGUAGUAUAAAUUUUGGUGUUUGCAUAGCCUCGUACAAAGCUAGAUUGAGAAACAUAAGUGACACCGAUCGACGACAACAUUCGACGACGAACGAUGAGCCAAAGCCAAGAUUACGACCACUUCGGCCACCGCCACACGUUGGUUCCGCUCGUCCUAGACGACGGAGAACGCCUCACGUGCAAGGGCUGCGAGCUCUCGAUCGACCAUCCUUUCCACGGCUGCAUUUCCUGCGCCUACUACCUCCACGACCGUUGUCUCCACGCGCCGCGCUCUCUCCAACACGCAGCCCACACCGCCCACCCCCUCACGCUCCUCCCGGCGCCGACGUACUCCGGCAAGGACUACGUCUGCGACGCUUGCCGCUCCAAGGGCACCGCCUUCAGCUACAGCUGCUGCCACUGCGGCUUCGACGUUCACCUCCACUGCGCUUCCCUGCCGGAAACCGCCGCCCUGCCGGAGAAGCACCCGCACGCGCUGAAACUGGUGUUCGAUUACAAGACUGAGGAGAAUACUGUGUUUCUGUGCGAUGUGUGUAACCGGGAAGUGGAUGAGGGCGCGUGGAGAUAUUACUGUGCGGGGUGUGAUUUUGGGACCCACCUGCAUUGCUCCGGAGUGGGGUGUCUAGAGCGCGUGGGUGAUGAGGAUGACGGUGACGGCGGCGAAACGGCCGGAGUUAAUGAUCACGUGGCGGCGAUGAGGCAGGCGACGAAGGAGAUGAUGGAGCUUCAGCUUGCGUCGGCUAGGAUGCAGAAUUCGCUGAAUUUAAGUGCGGCAUAUGCGAACAUGAUGAGCCAAAAAUUCAUAAGCACUAAUACAUGGAAAAGAGAGAUGGAGUUCAAGCAUUUUAGCCACAACCAUGGUUUGGUCUUCCACCAAAUGCCCCAAGGUGCCCAAAUCCAAUGCUCCGGCUGCCAUUGCCCCGGAACUGGCCCCGUCUAUGCCUGCUGGCGAUGCUCUUUCUUCCUCCACGACCAAUGUUUCCGCGCCAAUCGCUCCCUCAAACACCCCUCCCACCCCCUCCACCCAUUAACAUUGACCCCCUACCCCACCUACCCUUCCAAUUCUUUCUAUUGCAAUUCUUGCACCCUCAUUGGAAGUGGGUUUUCCUAUUCUUGCUCCGAAUGUGACUUUGAUCUCCAUGUUCAUUGUGCUCAUUCCCCUAUCCCUAAUCAAGCAAUCCCUUGCACCCACCCAAACCCUAACCCUAACCCUAGCCCUAUCCCCAGUUUUAGUCCCCCUACUAGUGCACCGGCCGCCGCGUCUCCUAGUGUUCAUUCUCCGGUGCCGGCGAAGCCGGCGCCGGAGCCGGAACCGCCGGUAGGGUUUCCCACCUGGAAAGAUCGGGAAACGACGCAUUUCAGCCAUCCCCACCGAUUGAAGCUAACGGAAGUCCAAGAAAAGGACGGGAAAAAGUGUUCCGGUUGCGAGUACAUUAUAACCGGUCCGGUUUACACCUGCGUUGACCCAGACUGCGGCGUUGACUUUAACCUCCACAAGAAAUGCUUCGAACUGCCGAGAGAAGUCCGGCACAAAUCCCACCUCGACCACGCGCUCACGCUCCUCCCUUCUCCGCCGUACCAAGACGGCGACGGCUUCGCCUGCAACGCCUGUCUGCAGAAGGGAUCGGCGUUCGUCUACCACUGCGGCGCGUGCUCGUUCGAUCUCCACGUGGAGUGCGUGCGCUGGCCGGAGAAAGUGCAGCGGGACGACCACAAGCACGCGCUGUCGCUCUUCUACGCGCCGCCGGCGCCGCCGGUGCCGCCGAAAUGGCGUGGACGAAAUGGCGUGGACUUAUUACUGUCACGAAUGCGACUUCGGAACUCACUUGGAUUGCGUGGUGUCGAAGGUGCAGCCGCCGGUGGAUAAACAGGAAGACGCCGACGACGCGGCGGCGGCGGCGGCGAUUCAGGAAGCUCAGAUGAAGUUGGCGCUGCUUCAGCUUCUCGUCAAUGGCGGCGGCCCUAUAGAGUUCACGUUUUCGUGAAAUUCAAAUUAAUUUAUUCCCAAUUUAUCGCAGAAUUGUUUUUAAUUUAAUCCUUAAUUUAAUUUCAUUUUAAUAAAUAAAAGUCAUUUUAACAGUA